GCAGUGUCGAGGCCAUCGACAGGAAGCGCGACUGAAAGCCGCUGAUAAGCGCAGGCUGUGGAUGUUCAGGGGAGCUCUCCAGCCUUCCUCUGGUGGGAUUUUAACCGGGACGUUUUUAAUACGAGUACAAAAGUCGACGAUUAUAUAAGCAGCGUACCCAGUCGCAGGUUCACAGUGACUGAUGGAGCUGUAUUUUUGUACCGAUCGCCGUUUAUUUUCGAGCGAACUGUAGGGCCGGUUCCUUGUGUCGAAGGAGCUCCGUAACAAUGAAGGCCUAGAGUCCAUAUCUGAGGGAUUUAAAGCUCUCCUGUGCUCCCAGACUCCAGGAUCAACGACACACUCAGGUAUCAACAUCACGGCAUGGCUUCACAGCUGCAGAUGUUCUCCGCUCCGUCUGUGUCCUCCAGUGCCUUCUGCAGGGUGAAAAAAAUGAAAGUGGAGAGCUGUGCUUGGGAUGCUUCCAAUGAAGCCUACAGUUCUGUGGGACAAGCGUACAGCUUCAACCCUGCGGUGGGCCUCUCCUUCGGCGCGUCCGGCCUGGUCUUCCCCCCGGCGUCUCGGGGUCAGGUGGUGGUCCGUGCCGCCGACAGCACCGGCAGCCACCAGCGUGGAUCCAGUCGCAGAACCACCCAUCACACGGAAUCGCACUCCUCCCGUGGACAGAGGUACGGAGUGAAACGUAAGAACGAGGAAGUGGAGGCUUCGGGAGGCGGGGGCAGCGGGAGCGGAAGCGUUCAGAUCCUGGAGGAGCUUUCGGCGCCUGCUUUCUCCGCCCGCACGGGAGGAGCCGGGACCACCGCCCAGUCCAUCCCCCACUCAGCCAACACCACCAAGAGCAGCAGCUCCAACGGGGAGGGGGACUACCAGCUGGUCCAACAUGAGAUCCUGUGCUCAGUCUCCAACAGCUAUGAAGUUCUUGAGUUUCUCGGUCGGGGCACGUUCGGGCAGGUGGCCAAGUGCUGGAAAAGAGGAACCAAUGAGAUCGUGGCUAUCAAGAUCUUGAAGAACCAUCCAUCAUAUGCCCGUCAGGGGCAGAUAGAGGUGAGCAUAUUAAACCGCCUCAGUGCAGAAAACGCAGAUGAGUUCAACUUUGUUCGCUCCUACGAGUGUUUCCAGCACAAGGGCCACACAUGUCUUGUGUUUGAGAUGCUGGAGCAGAACCUCUACGACUUCCUGAAGCACAGUAAAUUCAGCCCGCUGCCCCUGAGGCACAUCCGACCCAUCCUGCAGCAGGUGGCCACGGCUCUGAUGAAGCUCAAGAGUCUGGGACUCAUUCACGCUGACCUGAAGCCAGAAAACAUCAUGCUGGUGGACCCCAUCAGACAGCCCUAUAGGGUGAAAGUCAUCGAUUUUGGAUCAGCCAGUCACGUCUCCAAAGCCGUGUGCUCGACUUACCUGCAGUCUCGCUACUACAGAGCACCUGAGAUUAUUCUGGGUCUGCCUUUCUGUGAAGCUAUUGACAUGUGGUCGCUGGGCUGCGUCAUCGCGGAGCUCUUUCUGGGCUGGCCUUUAUAUCCAGGAGCUUCAGAAUAUGACCAGAUUCGGUACAUUUCUCAAACACAGGGUUUGCCUCCAGAGUAUCUGUUGAGUGCCGGCACAAAGACCAGUCGUUUCUUCAACAGAGGACCAGAUUCCAGCUACCCGCUGUGGAGGUUGAAGACCCCAUCUGAGCAUGAGGCCGAAAUGGGCGUCAAGUCCAAAGAAGCAAGGAAAUACAUCUUUAAUUGUUUAGAUGACAUGAUGCAGGUCAAUCUGCCCAGUCACUUAGAAGGGACUGACUUGUUGGCGGAGAAGGCGGACCGACGGGAGUUGAUUGAUAUGUUGAAGCGGAUGCUGAGAUUGGACGCUGAUAAGAGAAUCACGCCGACAAAGACCCUGGGGCAUCCGUUUGUUACCAUGACCCACCUGGUCAGCUUCCCACAUAGCUCACACAUGAAGUCGUGCUUCCAGAACAUGGACAUCUGUAAGAGACGAAAUAGUAGUUAUGAGAAUGGGAAAACCCUGUUUGCUGCUAACGCUGUUCCUGGAACAGCAGGAAACCUGACUGUGACCUUCAGCAGCCAGCUCAACCAGCACAGCCAGGUGAAUCAUCAGAGAAAAAUACACUCGCAGAGUUUCACACAUUUGAGAACUUUUCCUUUAAUCGUUGUGAAAUGCUUUCAGGUUCAGUCUGCUGGUGGCACUGUACCUCUCCUCAACUACCAACCGGCGCUUUACCAGCAGGCCACCAUUAACAUCCCGGGCCUGGCCCAACCCAGCAUCCCCAUGCAGACCCGGCCCACUCAACUGUGCGCUCAGACCGAGCCUUUCCAACAGACCCUCAUCGUCUGCCCACCAACCACUAUCCAAGGGCUUCCGUCUUCUAGUAAAGCCUCCAGCUAUCCGGUCAGAAUGGAGAACGGUGUUCCGGUUGUCCAGCAGAAUCAGUCCGCACAGUCUCUUCAGAUUCAGCCGAGCCUGCUUGCACAGGGCUCCUGUACCCCUCUGAUGGUGGCCACGCUGCAGCCCCACACAGCGGGAGUGGCAUCUCAGUACCCGCUGCCCCUGGCACUGGGCUGUGGGGCAGGAAGGUCUGCCCUGCUGGAUCAGACAGCCACAGUGCUGCAGGCCUGGCCCACAGGCACCCAGCAGAUCCUCAUUCCAUCAGCGUGGCAGCAGGUGCCGGGCAUGACCAUCCACAACUCCAACCACCAGUCUGUAGUGACCGAGUCUCCUCUGGAGGCACUUCUGUCUCAGAGCUCUACACCACAAACAUCAAGCUGGAGGGCAUCUCGGAGCGGUCAGCACAGCAGCGUUCUCCAACAAAACCCGCACAUUCUGGGGGCAAUCAAUCAAGCUCAGACCCUCGGUCGAGGAACAUCUGGGGUCACACGACCUCCGAAUAAGAGGAGCAGGGUGUGCUGUGACAGCGGUAGCAGCAUUUCUCUGGUGGGCUCACAGUCGUACAACGCCACCCUCACACAGCCCAUCAUUAUCUCUGACACCCCCAGUCCCGCAGUCAGUGUUAUCACCAUACACAGUGAUUCUGAAGAAGAGGACGAAAGGAAGUUCCACCCUAGCUGUGGCCCCAGCCAGAGAACGAAUGUGAUCAGCUGUGUGACGCUCCAUGACUCGGAUUCUUCCACUGCCAGUCCUUUAACCCCCAAACCCCAGCAUGGUCACACGGGGGUCCAACCCUCACGUCUGUCCAAAUCCCUGGCGGUGGUAGCACCAUCUGUGAAAACCCAGCCGGGUGAAAUCUCUAUAUCAGCCAAAGUCCCAUCAGCUGUAGGCCUUCCUCAGAAUUACUACGUGAAACCUAAGAGAGCGUCCACAAGGCAGCCCAGCAGCUCUGUGGAGACCGUUACUGACCACCAACAGGAGCUUAGCAGAUCUCAACCACUUAACCUCAGUCAGACCACUGUCUCCUCGUCACAAGAUUCAGCCAGCGGCUUGUCUUCCCUGCGUCGACAGCAAACAUACCCACCAGCCUCCUCUCAUUAUUGUCUACAGGAGGCGCCCUCAUUCACCAGCACCCCCAGCUUGUACACUUUCCCCGCCCCUGGAGCCCUCGCCUCCGCCUCCCACAUCGAGCAUCUGCUCGUCCAGGGUUCCUCCCCCUCCAUACACGUCCCACCCGCUAGUCACUAUGCAGCCAGUCUUAUCCCAAAGGACUCUUUAGGGGGCGUGGUCCACGGACUUUCCGCCCACUACCAGCAACAUUACCCCGCCCAUCCUUACGUCACCACAAGCACCAGCACCACUAGAGGAAGCGGGACGUACAGCGGGUAUCAGCUCAGCCCCAGAAGGGUCUCUCAGUAUCCCUACAUAUGAAAUGCACACGGAUGUCAUGUAGGACCACGUCUUUAAAUUUGACAACAGACAGACCUGCCAUUAAAGUCGCUGCAGUUGCUUUUAACUUCAUUCUAUUUAUGUCGACUGUUUUAGAACCGAUUUUAAUAUUUAGACGUUUUGUUUUUAUUUCUAAAACAUCUGUUCACUAAAGGUCCAUUGCAUAAUGUUAUUUUCUUAGUGGCAGGAUUUCUGACAUGUUUUUAAUUCUUAAGCAGAAGCAAAAUAAUGAUGCUGACAUGAGAAACAGGGAUCGUGAUAGUUUAUCGCUCAACUAAAGUCCUUACACUAAUCCUGUAACUUCUCUACACUUUGGUUUUAGAGUCAACGUUGUGUUUUCUUAAAUUAUGUACGUGAAGCUGACUGGUUUUCCACCACUGGAAGGUCAAGUCACGAAAGAUGUGAAAAGGAAAAAAAUGUGUGUUCUGUACCCUCGUUGUAUUGUUAUUUAAUUUAGCAGUAUAUGUUAGUUAAAGAAAAGGCUGGUAGUAUUGUAGAGUGUAUGUUCAGAGACGUGUAAGUACAUCAAUUCUUCCCUGUUUUAUUUUAUGCUAGAAUGAAUUACGUCUAAAUUCAUCAGAUACCUCUGGACAUGGAGGUAUCAGAUAUUUAGCUGAAGAGACGGGAUGUCAAGGCUCAUGAAAAUGUGCUGUUUAGAGUUCUAGUUAAUACGUCACCUAGAUAACCAUCAUGAAACAUUCACAGUUUGCUGACAUUGUGGGGUUUGUUUGCAGCAUUUACCAGUUGUCUGCUUUUCAAACUAGAGUACACCAAAAAUAGACCCUCUGUGAUAUGGUAACGUUGGAUAUUUGUUGUGCUAGUAGGUGACAGUUAACAUUGUGAUAUCUGAAUAGAUCUUUCUGCUCAUAAUGACACUGUGACUGACCUCCACGGUCCUUCUUGUUUGGUCUCAAUAACAUGACGUGCCUUGGCAUUCUUCUAAUCGUGUUUGGCAGUGUUUUUGAGUUUGGACGUUUCGCAUCAACUAAGAAAGUACUGUAUAUGUUUUGUAAUGUCAACAAUAGAUUAAAACACCUCUGUUGUAAUAUCACCCAAUAAACAAACCGCAAUUUCA